UACCGCUUAACCGCCUUACUUUGUAUAGGUAACAUGAAUAGAAGAACGAGUUGAACGAGGUUUGAAUCCAUCUGAAGACUGAAAAGUGAAUCCUCUUGUAAUUUCUGAUCCCAGUCCUAAAAGAGCCAUGUCUACAAACUGGUCCUCAGUUAUAAACAUGGCGAACAGCAUCAUUGGUGUUGGUAUAUUAGCGCUACCCCUCUGCAUCAAAUCGUUGGGAUAUUUUCUGGGCACAGCGACACUCCUCAUCUGCGGUUACAUCACAAUUAAUACUUCCUACCUCCUUGUGCUGGCAGCUUACAACCUGAAGGCUAGGAGCUACGAACAACUGUCGAUGAAGACAUUUGGAGUGAGAGGGAAGAUGGCGUGCGAGCUAGGGAUUAGCGGAAUGUUAUACGGGGUGCUGGUUGCAUUUCACGGUGUUAUUGGUGACUCCAGUGGUAUGAUAGCUGAGAUAAUCGGCAUAGAGAACACAGCUAACUGGAGACUAACAGUACAGUUGUUGGCAGUGCUGACAAUAGAAAUACCUUUCUCUUUACUCCGGAAUCUAUCGUCUCUUAACAUGCUCUCUGCAGUUUCUCUCUUCAUCUACUCCUCCUUCACACUGUUCGUCUUCUCCAAUGGAGUGGGAGAGUGGCUGCUAGCGACAGAAAGUAGCGGGGUUCAGAUGGUAAACAUGAGGGGACUCCUGAAAUCCUUCCCGAUAAUAGCUCUAGCGUUUAACUGCCAAACUACACUCUUACCAAUCUAUAACGAGCUUCCCAAUCCUACUAUCAAGAGAAUGUCUAAGGUAAGCGUAUACGCUAUUUCAUUUGUCGGAGGACUCUACCUUACCAUUGGAGUCUGUGGCGCUCUAGCGUUCGGAACAAAAAUUGACGGAAAUGUUCUGAACAACUUCCCAGUAUCUCCCAUAAUUGUGUUGUUCAAGUGUGGUUUUCUGCUCUGUAUUGCGCUAAGUUUCCCGCUUGUUAUUUACCCCUCCCGGAUAUCCCUCAAUUCUCUUUACUUGGGAGACAAAGGAGAUCCUAACCACAUGACGAGCAACAUGUUUAACGGGAUCACUGGUGGUCUCAUCUUCUCCAGUCUGGGCAUGUCCAUCAUGUUCCCCAAAGUCGACACCAUCCUAGCUCUGUCCGGGGCCACUGCUGGUUGCCUAAUCGGCUUUAUUUUACCGGCUCUUAUAUACUUGAAGGCAUCUGAUCCUGGGGACAGCUGGAGGGGUUUCGCUAAGUUCGUGCUCGUUAUGGGGAUGUUGACGACUGUUGCAGGAGUGUUCAACAUUGUGUUUCCUCAGGGUGCAGCACCUCAAAUCUCCAGUGACUCUCUCAAUCCUAAACACAUUAUAAACGGUGAUCAGCAGCUCGGACAGAGGAUACAACUCGAUGUUCCUAAUCCGGACCAGGUUGAACCUGCUAAAGCUGAACAGUUGGGACAUGGUGACAUUGUGGCCAUGCUGGCAAAACUCCAAGCUGAAUUAGACGAGACGAAGCGGGAGCUUCGAGCAGAAAAGGCUCUACGGAUAGAAAACGAGAUAAAUGAAUUAAAGGAGCAGUUAAAGGCUCAAAACCUGGCUGUGGAAUCUGAACAGAAAGUUGUGGCGGUAGAACAACAGCCGCAGGAAGUUGAGGCCCCGAAAGCGCCAGACCCUGUUCCAAAAGAAGAACCAACUCCAGAAGCUGAAGAAGCUAAAAUCGCUGCAGAAGAGCAAAAACCAGCACAAGCUGCCCCAGUUCCUGCUCAACCUGAAGCUAAAGUGGAACCUGCCAAAGCAGCUGAACCAGCUCCGGUGGAAAAAGCGGAACCAGUCAAACUUGAGGAACCAGCUAAAGUUGCAGAACCAGUAAUACCAGCUGAGCCAGUGGUUAAAGCUCCUGAACCGGAGGUGAAACCUGCUCCUGAAGAAAAUAAGCCGGAAGUUGCCGCUCAACCCAAAGUCCAGGAGCAGCCUGUUGCGGCCGUUCCCCAACCAGCUCCAGAAAAAGCUGUUGAACCUGUGAAAACAGUUAUAGAUCAACCGGUUGUAGAAGACAAACCGGUUGUUGUAGAACCUGCACCUGUAGCAGCGGAGAGUGCAGAAGUUAUGCAGGAAAAGUUAGAACAGAUCAAGAAACUGGAGAAAGAGAAGGACGAGCUGUUGGCAGAGAAUAAAAAGGUAGAAGAAAAGCAAGUUGAAGAGGUGAAACAGGAGGUGAAGAGAGAUGAUAAUAGUAAAGAAGAACUUCAUGAGGUUAAAAAGGAAAUUUGAACAAUUAGAACAGUAAUAUGAAAAUUUAUUUAUUAGGUUGCUCUAAACGUAAAGAAAAUGAGAGUGGGAAUUCCUCAAGUGCAGAAUACGUUGCACAUGUUUGGAGUUAUGUUUUGGAAAUGUUUACUUGUGUUCAGAGUUUCACAAUUGUAUUCAUUUUAAUACUCAUAGUGAGGGUUAAAAACAGAAUAAAUUAACGUUUUUGUGAUUGUUUUUAAUGAACUGGUCUCAUUUUAUUGUUUUGGGGUAUUAGUUUGUCUUUUUAUUUUCAGACUAAGGUACUUCUGUACAGUUUUUAUUCUUCUGACCGCAUAUUUCAUGCUACCUUUAACAAUUAUAUUAGAAACUUACUGGAGAAUUUUAUUUUACUCAGUAAAAUUUUUCUGGCGGAUUAAAAGGAUUUGUGAUUUAGAUAACCAAUCUGAACACUUUUUUUCCGCCAAAUGUGCUAUCAGUUUAAACCAAUUUCGGGAAAUUCUCUAAGUCUAAUUUUCACAUAAACUUUUCGUUACAGUUACACUUACACAGGCAACGGUGUUUUAAAUGUUUCACAAAUUGUUUCAACAUUUAACCAACGUUUAUUUUUAGAUUAACGAUUUUUUCUUUGGCAAUAAAAUUUUUUUUACUCAAGGUGAUCCGAAAUAUUGCGCUUACAAUACAGUUGUGAUUGUUUUAUCCUUUUUGUCAUAUUA